CGACGGUUCACAGUGAGUGUAGUGUGUUCAACUUCUUUCAAAGGAUCUACCGUGUCCUACUCGAACAGCUUGAGUUCAGUGUGAACCGUAUUGUGAAGAGUAUAGACCAAUGCUUUCGUAGACAUACUUUAUUUAAGAAUUUAAUACAUACAGACUUGGUUUUAAACGCAGAAGAAAAUGCCUGUAGCUUCUCUACUGCCUUUCACGGCCACUCCGAAUAGGAAGUCCGCUAGCCCGACUUCUUUCAGGCUCACGGAGAAAUUCAUCUUGCUUUUGGUGUUCAGCGGCUUCAUCACGCUGUGUUUCGGAGCUAUCUUCUUCUUGCCGGAUUCCUCUAAGCUGCUCAGCGGAGUUUUCUUCCGCUCGUCCUCUGUGGAGGCAGAGACACGCACAGGUACGGUCAGCGAUACGAGCACCGGGACGGGUAAGGAUGAGAAGAUCCUGGCCAAGAUCAGGAAAGACCACGAAAAGGCGCUCAUCGAGGCCAAGGACACCCUACAGAAACGGCCGGACGAGAUCAAUCAGGACAUCAAGAGAGAAAAGGAGAAAGUUGCGCGAGACGGACAGGUGAACGGCGGCAUAGGUGACAGCUUGCCGUUUGUUCAGUACGUGCAGCCGCCUGGAGCAACAGGGCACGAACCGUCAGAUCCUGAUAUUAAAACGAAAAGAGCUAAGAUUAAAGAGAUGAUGCAGUUUGCUUGGGACAAUUAUAAGCGCUAUGCCUGGGGCUCAAAUGAGCUGCGUCCUGUCUCCAAGCAGGGCCACUCCAGCAAUCUGUUUGGUAGUCUCAAAGGAGCCACCAUUGUGGAUGCACUGGACACACUCUACAUUAUGGAGAUGUAUGAUGAGUUUGAGGCUGCUACCGAGUGGGUGGAGAGGAACCUGGACUUUAACAUGAAUGCUGAAAUCUCCGUCUUUGAAGUGAACAUCCGUUUUGUCGGAGGGCUGCUGUCUGCCUAUUAUCUCUCAGGCAAAGAGGUGUUCAGGAAGAAAGCUGUUGAACUGGGAGAGAAGCUGUUGCCUGCUUUUAAGACCCCAACUGGUAUCCCUUGGGCUCUCCUGAAUCUAAAGAGUGGGAUUGGCAGAAACUGGCCCUGGGCAUCGGGAGGAAGCAGUAUUCUAGCUGAAUACGGGACCCUGCAUUUGGAGUUUAUGCACCUCAGUGCACUUUCUGGGAAACCCGUGUUUGAAGAGAAGGUGAUGAACAUUAGAAAGGUCCUGAAUCGUCUGGACAAACCUCAAGGAUUGUACCCCAAUUACCUGAACCCAAACAGUGGACAGUGGGGCCAACAUCACGUCUCAGUGGGAGGUUUGGGAGACAGUUUUUAUGAGUACCUGCUGAAGGCCUGGCUCAUGUCCGACAAAAGCGAUGAGGAGGGAAAGAAGCUCUACUACAAUGCCCUGCAGGCAAUUGAGAAGAAUUUGAUCCGGAAGUCAAGCGGAGGGUUGACAUAUAUUGCCGAAUGGAAAGGUGGACUCCUGGAGCACAAGAUGGGUCACCUGACCUGCUUUGCUGGUGGCAUGAUUGCUUUAGGGGCAGACGGAGCCCCUGAUGAUCAGACGGGUCACCAGAUGGAACUCGCGGCAGAGAUCGCCCGCACAUGUCACGAGUCUUACGCCCGAACCAGUUUGAAGCUGGGCCCGGAGGCGUUCCGCUUUGACGGAGGAGUGGAGGCCAUUGCCACACGGCAAAAUGAGAAGUACUUCAUCCUGAGGCCAGAAGUCAUCGAGACUUACAUGUACAUGUGGAGGUUCACCCAUGACCCCAAAUACAGACAGUGGGGCUGGGAGGCUGUAGAGGCUCUGGAGAAGCACUGUCGGGUGGAGGGGGGUUACAGUGGGGUGAGGGAUGUUUACGGCAAAGCACCUAACCAUGACGAUGUCCAGCAGAGCUUCUACCUGGCUGAAACACUUAAGUACCUGUAUCUACUCUUCUCCGAUGAUGACCAUUUGCCAUUUGAUCACUGGGUGUUCAACACCGAGGCCCAUCCUCUUCCCAUCAUUAAGAAACAGAGCCCAGAGUUAGCCAAUCAUCUCAAGUAAUCCUAAUCCUGCCCCAAAGCGCCACUGAAAUUUUACUUCCUGGACAUGCUUAAACAUUGGACAAGAGCGUUGGACUCAAAGUCCCUUUGUGGCUUGAGAGAUCCUGUUCUCCAGGACUUUGCUGGAGCUUCCUGUCUCUCUUCACAGCUCUAGGUCACAGAGCAUCAACUCCUGGCUGAUUGUCCUCUGCCGUCUCUACCGAUGGCAUUCUGCAUGCUGCCCCUGUCCUCUCUCUUUGCCCUGAUGCUUUGACGUUUCUCUGAGCCUCAGAGACCAGAACGACCAUAUCUCCUCUGUGAGGAGACCAGAUGUUUUCCACUGUACUGUCCAACUUUCCAUCUCACACACUUUUAAAAAAGCCAUAGGUAAUUCAUGUGCAUCAUCUUCCUUUUGUGUUUACAGGAGCAAAGAUAUGAGAAAUCCACCUUACUUUGCCGUUUCGUUCAGUUUUUGAUGUAAUUACGUUUCCACGGCCUGAAUUUUUCCAUACUGGCCUGAAUUUUUGUUUCUGUGAGUUUUGGUUUGGGGUUCAGUAUUUUAAGGCUUUAUUCAACAGUAAGGCAGUGAAACCAAGACAAUUAGUGCCUUUUAGUCUUAAUGAUAAAUUUAAUGCAACAUUAGUAAAGUUUUAAUAGCAACGCUUUAAUUUAUUUUUGCUGUGUUCGAGUGCAUUAGCCUACUGUGCUGUCAAAGAAAUGACCUGAACAGUUUUAGCCCUCCCAUCCUCACACUGGAACUGGUGUGAACGUAAGGAUCAAUCUUUUAAUAAUAUGCCGUUAAUUCAUUCCGCUGCAUUCGUGAAUUUGCUUUUCCAUUAGCUGGCUUUGCAACAUCGCUGAUAAAAUGUGUAUAAAAUGUGUGUAAUUGUUUACUUAUUCAGUGCAGGCAGAUAAUUUUUAUUCUGCAUAUGUAAAAUAGAGUAUUUUGUGUUAAUUUAUUUCAUAUCUUUUUUCCCCCCGUACUGAGGGCAGGAAACUAUGAAAGGCGGAUCUCACCACGAAACAAAAUAGCUGAUUUCGUCCUAUAUCUCACAUUUGUGACUCAUUUGCAAGAUAUCAAUUUGAAAUUGCAAGAUAUGCAUUUCAGUCCAUAAACCUUGUAAUUGUGGGAAAAUGCUUUCUCGCAAUUGCAUUUUUUGCAUUUGUUUCUUGCAUUUGCGACUUUACCUCCCAAUUUUGACUUUAGUUUUUGCAAUUGCAAGAUUUAAACUCACUGGGGACUAUUUCUAGCAGUUGCAAGUUUUUUCAAGCAAUUGUGACUUAACAUAUCAUAACUGAGCAUUUUUAUCUCGGAAUUACGACUUCAUUUCUCGUAAUUAUUAGAUAUAAACUCACAAUUUAGUUAAUAGGACACAAUUAUGACUUUUCUAGCAAUUGCGACUUUAUUUCUUGCUUUUGUGAUCUCCAAAUUACGACUUUAUUUCGAAAUAUAAACUAAAUUGCAUGAUAUAUAUAUACUAGAUUGUGAGUUUAUACCUGUAAUUAUGAGAAAUAAAGUCAAAAUUGCUUGCUACUAUUUUUCACAAUGGCAAGUUUAUAUCAUGCAAUUGCAAGAAGUCAAGAAAUUCCAAAUUCUAAGUUAUAAAGUCAGAAUUACCUAUUUCUUUUUUUUUUUUUUUUUUAAUGUGGCAGGAUCAAUACACCAUAGGGAACAGUGAAGACAUUGCUUAGAUCUUUCUAAUUAAUUUGGGAACGUGUUAGUAAGACAUAGGCAGCAUCGGUCAAAAUGGGAGUGAAUAUUUGUAUGAAUGUACCACCAAAUGUGAACUUUGGCCUAGUUGUUCUGAUUUCAUGAUUUUUUAUUUUUUUUUAGUCUGUUUGUUUCUUUGUUUCUUUUUUUAACAUGAAAGCACAAAAUUAUGAAUCAGUAUUUUCGGGUUCUUCAUGAAGAAAAGAAUAGGAAUAUUAGGAUAGGAUAGAAUGACAGCACAAGUGCGGGAUCUCAAAUGAGGUAAAGAUGCAAGGAAAACCUAUGAAUGCAAAGCAGUCCUCUGCACUGGAUAGAACACACACACGCACAUACACGCACACACACACACAGUUGAAGUCAGAAGUUUACAUAAAUUUAGGUUGAAGUCAUUAAAACAAAUUUUACUAUAGUUUUGGCAAGUCGUUUAGGACAUCUACUUUGUGCAUGACACGAGUAAUUUUUCCAACAGUUGUUUACAGACAGAUUGUUUCACUUUAAAUUGAAAUAUCACAAUUCCAGUGGCUCAGAAGUUUUAAUACAUUUAAUACAUAGACAGUUAGCCAAUUAGCUUCUGAUAGAAGGUGUACUGAAUUGGAGGUGUAUUUGUGGAUGUAUUUGAAAGCCUACCUUCAAACACAGUGCCUCUUCGCUUAACAUCAUGGGAAAAUCUAAAUAAAUAAUACAAUUAAAUAAAUUAUGGACCACCACAAUUCUGGUCAUCCUUGGGAUCAAUUUCUAAAUGCCUGUAGGACCUUGUGAAGAUGCUGGAGGAAACAGGUAAACAAGUAUCUACAUAACCUGAAAUGUUGCUCCGCAAGGAAGAAGCCACUACUCCAAAAACUCCAUAAAAAAGCCAGACUACAGUUUGCAUGUGCACAUGGGGACAAAGAUCUUACUUUUGGAGAAAUGUCCUCUGGUCUGAUGAAACAAUAAUUGAACAGUUUGGUCACAAUGACAAUCGUUAUGUUUGGAGGAAAAAGAGUGAGGCUUGCAAGCCGAAGAACACAUCUUGACGAGAAGCAUGGGGGGUGGCAGCAUCAUGUUAUUGGGGUGCUUUGCUGCAGGAGUGACUGGUGCUCUUCACAAAAUAGAUGGCAUCAUGAGUAAGAAAAAUUAUGUGGAUAUUUUGAAGAAACAUCUCAGACAUCAGCCAGGAAGUUAAAGCCUGGUUGCAAAUGGAUUGUCCAAAUGGACAAUGACCCCAAGCAUAUCUCCAAAGUUUUGGCAAAAUGGCUUAAGGACAACAAAGUCAAGGUAUUUGAGUGGCCAUCACAAAGUCCUGACCUCAAUCUGUUCAAUUUGUGGGAAGAACUGAAAAAGCAUGUGCAAGCAAGGAGGCCUACAAACCUGACUCAGUUACACCAGUUCUGUCUAGAGGUAUGGGCAAAAAUUCCAGCAACUUAUUGUGAGAAGCUUGUGGAAGGCUACCAAAAAUAUUUGAACCAAGUUAAACAAUUUAAAGGCAAUGCUACCAAAUACUAACAAAGUGUAUGUAAACUUCUGACCCACUGGGAAUGUGAUGAAAUAAAUACAUAAUUCUCUCUACUAUUAUUCUGACAUUUCACAUUCUUAAAAUAAUGUAGUGACCCUAACUGACCUAAGACAGGGAAUGUUUUCUAUGAUUAAAUGUCAGAAAUUGUGAAAAACUGAGUUUAAAUGUAUUUGGCUAAGGUGUAUGUAAACUUCUGACUUCAAUUUUAUAUAUACAUACUUAAUUUAUGCAAUCAAGCAGCUCACAAAUAAUAAGUCAAGAUGGGAAUAUGUCAUGCUUUUUCAUGCAUUGGUGGGCAUCUGUAUACAUACACACAUACACUACAUCUAAUAUAAAUGAAAUUACUGUAUUCUAAUUCAUGGAGGAACAGACCAAUUCGUAUUCCACUUAUGUUUUCAACCACAAACGGAAGAUUUCAAUGGAAGAUAUGUUUAUUCUGUUGCUUCCGUGUGAUUGGUCGGUUGCAGAGGUGGGGCUACUGCUACUGUAUGCCACACUUUGUCUUUAUUUCCAAUGUGUUCACAAAAUUAGACCCACAGAUAUUCACUUCUGGUCAAAAAGAACCAACUUGCUUCACUAAUACGCCAUGGUUCUUUAAACCAGCUUUUUAAUCCAAUGGCAAUCCCUGUUGAAGGGAUAGUUCACCCCAAAAAUAUUACUACUACUAAAACUACUGCUUUCCUCAUCAUUUACCUACCGUCAUGUAAUUCCGAACCUCUAUGACUUUCUUUUUAUGCGGAACUGAAAAGGAGCAUUUUUAAUGAUUAUCUCGAUACUUAUUCUCAAAACAAUUUCAGUUGAGAGUAAUUCACUUUAAAGCUUUAAAAGGACCCGGUGUAUCAUAAAAGUAGUCCUUGCAGCUUGUGUGUCAUAUUCCAAGUCUUCUGAAGGUUACAGUAAGAAUCCAAAUAUAAAGCCUUUUUUAGUGAACAGCUUGACAUCUAUUGGGUGUUCAUGAGCAUAAUAAGAGAAACUUGUUCACUGCGGUUUGUAACGAGGAGUACUUUUUUCUGAUUACUCACCUAAACCUAUCACUUAACUUCAGAAGAUUUGGAAUAAGACAUACGCCUACUUUUUGGACUACAUUUAUGAUUUGCUGGGACCCGUUUGAGCUGCCAUUGUAUUGAGAAGAAUAUAUUUAUAACUAAUUCUGCUUUUGUGUUUUGCAUAAGUAAGAAUGUCUGGAUAGACUAUUCCUUUGUAGGUAAAUUAUACUUUUAAUGUGUUAUACUGGUGGAUCUAGUGGCAUUUUACAUUACACCACCCAGAAAUUUCUCUUUCAAUGCUGACGACUGCAACACUCCAUUGACGUGGAUAUUUUUUUUUUCUAUAUGCUAACAAACAACAUACUGUCAAAGUUAAGAACCAUAACAAAUGAAAGUAACGGCAGCUCAUCUCGAGGGAGUCCUGUCAUAAAAACAUUGUGACACUGUAGAUAAGACAUCGCAUUCACUGUCUUUAUGAUACAGAGGAUCUAAACGAUGUUUAGCACUGCUUUAGUUUAGCACAGCCUAGCGAUUUGUGCCAUCUCUUUUGUGAAAGUGACUCCUGAAGCGGUGUGCAUCGUAGUGGUGAAUCCACCGCAAGUCAUGACUCUGAGGUGACACUUGGAAGCAAAUGUUUCCUUGCAUCUUGUUUUAAUAUGCAGAAUAGAAGAUGUGAUUUUAAGAUUUCUGGAUUAAAAAUUUGUUGUUUAAAUAUUGUGUUGGUGAUCUUGCAUAGCAAAUGGCUUUUUUUUUGUGUGUGUAAUUCUUGUUGUUUGUUGUUUCUUCAUGAGACAACCUCAGAAAUGUAACUGUACAAUAUUGCUGAUAAUCAUUCCAUUGCACAUAGUCUAAUUUGUUUUCUUAUAUAUAUAUACAAUUAAUUUUGUGGGAAAUUGUUUGGUUUCAGUUUUGUUUCCUUUACGUUCUUUAUUUUUAUUGUACAUAUUUCAUUCUGGCAAACUGCCAGCCAUCAUUUAAUCUUAUGAUCUUAUGUAAUAAAUUAUAUUAAAGAUCAGCAAAAGUUUUUGAU